AUGAAUAAAUAUCAAUAUGUUUUGACAAGCAGAAUAUACCUUAUUGUUAAUGAAAGCAAGACAGAAGUCCUCUACUGUCGCAAAGCAGGUAGGAUACCCAACAAUCUGAACUUUCUCUAUAACGGUAACAACAUCAAAGUGGUCUCUAGUUAUACUUACCUAGGCAUACCUUUCUCGUUAUCUGGACGAGGCAGGCUAGUGCUAACAAACGCGAUUAAAAAAGCUCGUUCUGCUAUAGGGGCGGUCAUUUCAUUAAUCUAUCGCGCGAAAAUAAAAAAUUUUGAUAUUAUUUCACUGUUUGACGGGAUGGUAGCCUCUGUAGCCUUGUAUGCCUCUCCGAUAUGGGCUCUCAGAUAUGCCGGUCAACUAGAUUGCCUGCUAACUGAAUUUUUCAAAUCUAUUCUCAGCCUUAAACGUACUACUUCAAAUGCACUGGUUAAAAAAGAAACUAACAAAUUGAGCCUGUCUUACAUGAUAUGGAAGCAAACCUGGAAUUGGAUGGUAAAUAUUUUAAAUAUGGAUGAAAAUAGACUACCAUACCAGUGUCAUAAAACAAAUCAAGCUGUAUAA